UGCCUCAGUCGCUGCUUAUCAAAAAGGAGGGACUUGAUGAAGACUUAGAGAACAAUGAUCCACAGAGAGGACUGAAGACCAGAGAAAAGAGAGCUGAAGAUUUGGGUACGGAUUGUGGGGAAAGGAUUCCUAUGGCAGACACACAGACUGCCCCUGCUAAAGACACAGAGGAGCUCACUGAACAGCACAGGACCGGACAUAGUGCUUGGGAAGACAGUGGACUGGACACUGUCCUCAAAGCAGAGCCAGAGAACGAUGUUGUGGACCAGAGACUCCAGGAUACAGGAUGUGAACUCCGAGCAGAAAGACUGAUCAAUCUGAGCUAUGAGUAUGUUACAUAUGGGAGAUCCAGUCAACAGCAGGCUUUCUUCGGACAAGGGAUCACCACAAACGAAGAUCCAGCGUGCUCUUAUGGCACUGUAACAGAUUCUGAGAGCUUGCCGGUUGACUCGGGCCUACGGACUGUUGAAAAGGAUGCUAAUAUCCCCCCUAUAGGAUCUCUUGAUGUGAAACCAGGGGCUGUAAUAGUAGACUCUGCACCAAAUAUGUCAGAGAAUGACAUGAUUUCAGGAACUGUUUACACAAAGCACAGACAUUACAAAGAACACAGGGACAUUACAAGAACAAGAGAGGAAUUACUGGCAGAAAGUGUUACUCUUAUGUGUUCACCACAUUCAAGAAUGACAGUGAAAGAGAACAUUGCACUGUCAAAAUCAAAUGCCCAAGAUGUUAUUGGAUAUGCCCUCCAUGAUGAAAGCUUUACUACAUCAAAAAAGGAUAUGGCCUGCCACAAAGCUAGUGCAAGAGAGAGACGUUUCAUUUGUUCAUAUUGUGGCAAGAGCUUCACGUGUCCAAAAAAUCUUGAAACACAUCAAAGAGUUCACACAGGAGAAAAACCAUUUAGUUGCACUCAGUGUGGGAAGCGAUUUUCUGAUUCAAGUAACCGCAAAAGACAUCAGAUUAUUCACACUGGAGAGAGACCAUACAGUUGCACAUUGUGUGGAAAGAGGUUUACUCAGUCAAGCUGUCUAAUAGCUCAUCAGAGAGUCCACACUGGAGAGAAACCAUUUAGCUGUACCCAGUGUGGGAAACGGUUUGCUGACUCAAGUAAUCUUAAAAGACAUCAGAGUGUUCACAUUGGAAAGAAACCAUUAAGUUGUACACUCUGGGAUGAGUUUAAUUGCCUCCAACCAUCAUAAAAUAUCACAAUUAAGGGAAAGUAUUUACUGGUCCAUUUUGGGAUGAGAUCCAUACACCACUGUAGCCUCAGCCUUCACUGAAAUUGUCAGAUGUGACCAUUGACAAACUUGUGUUCAUUUUCUCCACAGAUUAUUGGGUUAUUUAACAUUAAAUACAGUGACUCAGCAUGUGGACCAAAAACAUGCACAGACUAAAAAGCCAUAAAGGCUCAUAA